AUGACGUCGGACCCGCGCGCCGUGGAGACGGCCCUGGCCCGCAACCUGCUGUCCUCCGUGCUGGCGCUGGCGCUGCCCAGCGACCUGGAGCGCGAUGACGCCGCGCUCACCACGUUCCUGGUACAGCAGACGGCGCUGCGCGAGGCGCUGGAGCGUCACAACGUGUUCGGCCUCGUGACGGACGGCAAGGCGCUGGCCAAGUGGGACGCUCGGCUGCUGCAGCUCGCGGAGGGCUCCGCGCAGGCGCGCCGCGUGGGCUGGGAGCUUCUGCUGACGACGGCGCGUCAGAGCCCGCUCGCGCGGCUCGAGGUGCUCGCCUCCAAGCUGCUGGAGCGUAUUGUGAAGGUUCUCAAGCAGCUGCAGGCGGCCAAGACCCAGGACGACGACGCGGAGCUCGCGGCGGCCUCCGCGUGUGGCGUGGCCAUGUCUCUGCUGCGUUACGUGGACAGCUACAACCCCGACGCGCGGCGCGAGGCGCUGGAGUUGCUGGCCAAGCUGCUGCAGCCGGUGGUGGCGCUGCUGUCGAGGAAGAGCGCCUCGACGCUGAUGCUGGCGCAGCUGGAGCUGGUGGCCGCGCUGCUGCGCGCGUCGCCCAACUCGCUGCGCAGCUUCGCAGUGAAGAUUGAGUCGGCGUGCGUGGGCGCGCUGUUCCCCGCCGCGGACGCCAAUGCGGACGAGGAGCUGGUGGCGAAGAAGGCAGCGACCUGCUUGGCGCUGCUGUGCAACGCCUCGGACAAGCCGCAGCAAGUGUGGACGCAGAUGGCGCAGAAGGCGCUGGAGGCCGCGCACCAGCAGCUGGACUUGCUCGCGGGCAAGCGCUCCGUUGUGCCCUCGACCGAAGGAGUUACCGGCAAGAAGCUCUGGGUGCAGGGAGCUGCCAGCGCGCAGCUGCCGAUCUAUCAGCGCGCUGAAGUGACGCUGGUCAGGAUGACGCGCGCGCUGAGCGCCCUGCACGAACUGCUGAGUGCUCGCACGGCUACUCAGUGCCGCGGACAGAUCUCGGAGCGUGAAGCUCAACAGGUGCUUCCUGAAGUGGUGACGUUUGCGCGUCGCGCCAUGGGCGUGCGCGCGCACGAGGUGGGCAAGCACACUGGAGUGUCAGACGACGGCGUACGUCUGCCGAUUAGUGUCGUGUACGCGGUGCUUCCUCGUGUUCACGCGCAGGCUCUGGGCGCCUUGAGUGCGGCUGUGGAGCGCACUGGAAUUUGUGCGCUGCGUCACGCGAGCAAAAUCACGCGUGUCCUUUUGCUUGCCUCGGAAAGUGUGGGUGACGGUGAGGACCUCCAGGCAUUGGCUGAUACGACGGCGGUGUGCGCGCGUCGUCUUGGCGCCAGUACUGUCGAGAAGCUUGGUGUGCCGCUGCUGAACGAGCUGGUCUCGCGCUGCAAGCGUAAUCUUGAUGAGAAGGCUAACACUACCAACACCUCGAACAACGUUGCGAAGGCGCUGGCUGCUCAGCAGAAUGACGCCAAGAACGGCGGCGGCAAGAGCAAGAAGCGCAAGCGUCAGGCUGCGGCUGCUGCAACGCUUGCUGCCCUCAACGGAGGUAAAGCAGCUGGCCAGUCCAGCUUUGUGUCUCUCCGUGACGAGUCGGUCGUGGCGCUCACCCUCGAGGCAGUGCUGACGGCUAUCGCUGGCUGUGUGAGUGUCUACGGAAGCUUGCUGCCUGACGAGACCCGUUCGUCGGCUAGCGAGAUCGCUCUGAAGGCCGUGCAGCGUCGGCAUGUGGUUGGAGCUGGCAACGUUGGUGCCAUUGACCCCGUGGCGCUUGCGCUUCUUUCGGGUGCUGUGACUGCCGAUGCCUCCGGCUCGCACGCGGCCAAUUUGCUUCGUGGGCUCCAGUACUGGCAGCGCCGCGUCAUUGGCAGCGGCGGUGCUUCGUCGGCUCUCCAGCUCGUGGCUCUCAACGCUGGUGAGGCUAUGCUCCAUCCGCGUGCGCCCCCGAUGGCAAUCAAUUUCCCGCAGAACUCGAACAAGGAGCAGGAAAUCCACCGCUUUGGAAACGCUUCGCGGGCCACUUCGAAGGAGUCCGCUGUGCUGGGGGAUGCCAUGGACUGGGAUGAAAACGACCGCGAUGAAAGUGACGACGAAGACGCCAAGCCGGAGCAGGAAGAGACGCCGGCUAAGGCUGAAAAGAAGGAGGCUCCUGCUGUCACCGAGGAGGAGGAAGAAGAGGAAGAUGAGGAGGAGGAUUACGACGACGCCCGGCCUCAAACUGUUGUCGAGACACCCGCAGAGGUUAAGAAGGUCGAGGCCGAAGAGAACGCUGACGAUGACGACGAAGAUGAAGACGACGACGACGAACCGGCCGCGAAGCGUGUCAAGGACAGUGAUGACGAGAAGAAGGCUCCUGUCGCCACAGUCGAGGCCGACGACGACGACGACGAUGACUUCCCGGACAUUGUUGUGGAUGAUGACUAG